AUCCGAUGACAACAGUAACUAAGAAACAGGAACGCACAGUUCAGCAAACACAGAACAGAAUUAUGGAUGAAAAUCCGGGAAAAAUACAGACAAGAAUGAAAAUAUGAAAUCAACUGAACAUUCAUCAAACCGCAGUGACGACGACGACGGUUACGAGGCGGAUGAUGAAGGUUCCGAAUGUUCACGUAUACCGUCUCCACCAAAAGUUGCACCACCCGAUGUAACUUUCACUUUCUCUAAACCGGAAGUACCUGUAACACUUUUGAAAUCUGAUGGUCAACAUAUUUCAACUGGUCCUAAUAAUAACAAUAACACAGCCAUCUUUGACCAGGAGCGUGGCGAGAAACGAAAGCUUGAUGAAAAUGGAAGUAACACGCCUACGCCCAAACAACAGAAAAGAUAUCAUGUGCAUGGGGGUCAUAUCAUGGGGGUAAAACGUGAGGUUCAAGGGCAGUAUUCGGUGGAAGACUUUAAACGCUUGAAACUGUCACCGGAAGAGGACAGUGAGACACGGUCACAUGAAAAUAUGCAUUUGCUUUCCAACAGCUUGUCUGGCACAGAAAGAGGCAAUGAUUUAAACAUCACUUAUAGUGCUGCAUCCUUUGUCUCUUCAGUGUCAUUGCCGACUUCUUCAGAUGGGAAUGCGCCUUACAAAAAUACCAAAACUGAAAACGCUGAUAAAAAUAACAUAUCUGAAAACGAGGCAACUUCCUGUCCAUCACGCUGCCAGUGCAACGCUAUUGUGAGCUCUUUUGUGCGAUAUCUACGAGAAGAGGCCAACUGCAAGGUUUAUGAUACGCAUGAUGCCGUUUCCCGUGAAUGUGAUCAUCCAAAAUGCGAGGCUCGGUCACAAAAAGGCAGCGAACUAACCAUGUCUGACAGUUCUUCCUCCUCCGUUGCAUCUGUGUCAUUGCCGGCAAUUUCAGUCAACAGUGUAGACCUGAGUGCGCCUGUCAACUUAAUACCGGAGCCUAUUGUGAGCACUUUUGUGCAAUAUCUACGAGAACAGGCGAAGUGCAAGGUUUUUGACGCAUUUACCCGCAAGUCUGAUAAUUUGGAAGAGUGGGUUUAUAUAUCAGUCGAGCCACAACAAACUUUCGAUAUUUUGCCAUGUUGAUUUUGUUUUUCGUUUAUUAUCCAUUUUUAUUUUCUCUCUUUUUUUUUUUUUUGUUUGUUUGUGUGUUGUUUUAUUUUUCAUUCUACUGUAUUUCGAAUUAACAAACUUUUAAUGGCAUUAGACUUUUUUUCUAUUUUUUUUUACUGUUUACGUUUUCGUUGUAAAGAAUUUCGAUCUGAUAAUUAGAAUAUGGCACUUGUCUUUUAAUUCUUACAACAUUCCUGAUACCAGUUGCCACCUCAUUUCCUAACACCAUCUUGUAAAUGAAAUUAUUCUCGUUUUGAAUGUGUCAGUCUGUGGUUUGGGAAAGCAUGGUACAUGUACUGUUACUGUUUCUGCAUAUGCACGGUAUCAUUUUGACCACGAUGAAGAUG